UUUUUAAAGGGUGGGCUCGUAGUCAUUGUUAGCCGGCAAGUCAGAAAGAGGCGCGACCAGGCAGACAGUGCGUGCGUGUGUGUGUGCAAAUUGUGAUGAGUAAAAGCAUUAGGCGACUCAGCUGUUGAUACAGCCACAGAGUGUGUGCAAGAGCGCGAGACAGAGGGAGUGAGCGAGAGAGAGAAGUGAAAGGCAAAAAGGAAGGAAAGAAGGGAAAAGAGAAAGGAUACUACAACUAUGCUGUGCUGCAUAAGAAGAACAAAACCGGUUGAGAAGAAUGACGAGGCCGACCAAGAAAUCAAGCAGGAUGAGAAGAAGCCCGAGGACAAAGCCCACAAGGCGGCUACCAAAAUCCAGGCCAGCUUCCGUGGACACAUAAUCCGGAAAAAAAUGAAAGACGGAGAGGAGGAGGACGAAGCCAGUCCAGCUGUCCCAGAGGAAGAGGCAAAGGAGGCGGCAGACGGGGAGCCGGAGGAGGAGAAGAAGGACGACGCCCCCGCUGCAACCGAGCAGGCGGCUGAGGGAGACGCCCCAACCGACCAGAAAGAGGCGGAGACGAACCAAGCCAAAAGCCCCGCCUCAGAAAAGCCAGCAAACUCUCCCGCCUCUGUCGCCACCUCUCCUGUAGCCGCGGCGACUUCGCCUGCUGCAGCAUCUCCCAAUGCGUUGGCGCCGUCCUCAGAGCCCCAAAAAGAGGAGGCCGGUGUAAAGACGAGCGACGCCUUAGAGAAGCCCGGAGAGGUGGACGGCAGCGAGGCCGCCCAGAGCCCCUCGACUGAUCGCCCUGAGAAAGGUGUGGAUGGUGAUGCCGUCCAGGAGGAGUCCAAACAAGCCGACGUGCCUGCUACUACUGUCAACGAGACAACUGACGGGGAGCCAAACCCUUCACAAGAUAAACACGAUGCUGCCGAGGAAUCCCAACCAGCGGAUGAGGUCCCAGCAGAGGCACCCCAGGAGUCCAAGGACGACCAAGAGAAAGUUUAACAUAGAGAAAAUAAUAUGAUUACAAAUGAAUUUAAGGGGUGAAUCUUUGCCUUCCAAAUGUGAAGACAGUCCAUUUUUAUUUGUUUGUCAUUUUUUGUGUGGCAAGGAUUUUCUUAUGCUGGGGGAGUUUCCAAAAAUGUGUUUUUUGGCUCAAGCUAUUAGUGGUAUGAUUUAGGUAUGUGUUGUAUCCUACAUGAGUGAACCGAUGGUUGGAUGUAUACGCGUUUCUUUUGUCCUGAGCAUUAAAAGAAAACUCUUCAUAGCAGGAGACUUUCUGCUUGAGUUGAUCAAGCUUGGUUUACAUGAAGUAAUCUGCCCUUCUGCUUCCUCACUUAAACAACUAACAAAGCUGAGGUGAUUUUGCUAUGAUGAUGAUGAAUACUAUGAGAUUAAUACUAUAACAGCAAUUCUGUGGAUCCCAGAAUAAAAUUGCCCCCUUCUGAAUUUACGCAAUUAGCAUGAACCAUCUAACAAGUUGAACGGGAACUCUUCCAAUAAGAGGAACUUUUCACAGUCACAAUACAAAGAAAACGUGGCUUCUUUUUAAUGUCCUUGGUGUUGUUAUGACAGUUUGAUAUAAAUUGGAAUUACUCUUGCACUGAUGUUAAAAAAAGAAAAUCAAACACAAAAAAGAAAAAAAAAAACUUUUCCUAUGUUUCAGUGAGUGCAAUGUCCAGUUUGAAUCUAGGGAGUUAAAUUGUGGAGAAAAAAUGGUUUCAAUGUCUGUUUUCAAAAUAAAGUAAUGUGCCAAUUACCAUCAUAAA